AUGGAAGUGCAUCAGUCUUUAGGAUUCUUUUAUGGCUUGUCUCUUCUUGUGUUCCCCAACUCCUUAGUGUCUAAAAUACUGAAAUAUAGUCUACUGCGCUACAUAUUGCACAAUUGGAAACCUCUUCCUUCUUUUCCACAUCAAAAGGCUCGCUUCUUGUUAAAGGAACUCAACUCAAUGCACUUCGAUCUUCAUGGCCGCGUGAUAAGGGUGAAUUAUGCAAAUGAGAGGCCUCGUGGUAACAGCGGUUAUGGUGGUGGUUAUAGGGGUGGUUACAGCGGCGGGGGCAGCGGUUACAGUGGUGGUGGAGGUGGCUACAACAGCUGUGGCAAUGACAGCUAUAAUAGUGGUGGAUUUUGCAACAAUACAAAUCAAGGUUCUCCUGGCAGUGUUGGUGGUGCCGAUAACUUUGGUACUGAUGACGGUGGUGACAAUAGUAGGGAUGAUGAGUUCAGCGAUCGGAAUAUUAUUAGAACUAUCAAUCUCGUUCACACGGGUAUAGAUUGA